AUGAACAAUGUCGAUUCAGUUGGUCCUCCAGAUCCAGUAUCGAAUCUGAGACCAAUUAAAUAUCAUAUACCAAAACACGAGGCUCUAGUCGAACGCAAAUUGCGGCUUAAGCGAAUUGAAGUAGCAAAAUGGAAUCAUGAAUUUUGGACUAACCAUAAUCUGAGAUUUAUAAAAGAAAGGGAAGCAUAUAAAAAAUGUUUAUCCGACAAGGGCAUUUCAACAGCCACGGCCGAUCAAAUGUCUGAAUUUUAUAAAGAUUUUUUAGACAGAAAUUGGAAAACACAUAUGACUUAUAACUUUGAAUGGUAUAAAAAAAAUAUUUCAAUUGUACGUUUAAUGAUGAAUAGAAAUAUAUUCAAAGCAAUUCAGUGGAUUAAGAUGUUUAAAUUUUAA